GGUCUCGUGUAUUUGUAGAAGGGUUAGUACGGCUGUGCGCUCAGUGCGGAGUGUUGGCGCCCAUUCCGCAGGCUGGGUGACGACGACACUGUGCUGGGCCCGGCCAGCCAUAAUCAGACGUUCUGAGACUUGUGGCGGCAAUAACAUCUGCCUGCAGCUGGCAGAUCCUGAGUGGCGGCCCAACAUCGUCUGAUCACAUCUCCCAUUCUGUGUUGGGGACAAGACCGGGAGAAACUUCGAUAUGGACGACAUCCCCAUCCGUGCUGUACAUGGCUUAGCAAUGGAAUUCAACAUGGGUGGCCCCCGGUUUCCAAAGUUUGGUAAUCCAGGUGAACGUCUUCGCAAAAAAAGAUGGGAUUUAAAUGAACUUCCAAAAUUUGAGAAAAACUUCUACCAAGAACACCCAGAAGUUUCACGUAUGACAAUACACGAUGUAGAUGAACUGCGCAGGAAGAAAGAAAUUACGACGAGAGGUAUAAACUGUCCAAAACCUAUGUAUGAUUUCCAUCAGGCCAAUUUUCCACAGUAUGUUAUGGAUGCGCUCCUUGACCAGCGGUUUAAAGAGCCCACACCCAUUCAGUGCCAAGGAUUUCCCCUUGCCUUAAGUGGUCGAGACAUGGUGGGCAUUGCCCAGACUGGAUCUGGCAAAACGCUUGCGUAUUUGCUGCCUGCUAUGGUACACAUUAACCACCAGCCUUAUCUGGAGCGUGGGGAUGGACCAAUUUGUUUAGUUCUCGCUCCAACCAGAGAGUUGGCUCAGCAAGUGCAACAAGUCGCUGAUGAUUAUGGAAAGUCAUCCCGUUUAAAAAGCACAUGUAUCUAUGGUGGAGCUCCCAAGGGUCCACAGAUAAGAGAUCUAGAGAGAGGUGUUGAAAUAUGCAUUGCCACUCCAGGACGGCUUAUUGAUUUUCUGGAGGUUGGGAAAACUAACCUGAGGCGUUGUACCUAUCUUGUACUUGAUGAAGCAGACAGAAUGCUUGAUAUGGGUUUUGAACCACAGAUUCGCAAAAUUGUUGACCAAAUCAGGCCUGAUAGGCAAACUCUGAUGUGGAGUGCAACGUGGCCCAAAGAGGUGCGUCAACUGGCUGAGGACUUCUUAAGGGACUAUGUUCAGAUCAAUGUGGGAAACUUGGAGCUGUCUGCAAAUCAUAAUAUCCUCCAGAUUGUUGAUGUAUGCCAGGAAAGUGAAAAAGAUCACAAGCUUAUCCAACUUAUGGAAGAAAUAAUGGCAGAGAAAGAAAAUAAGACUAUUAUUUUUGUAGAAACCAAACGCCGGUGUGACGACCUAACUCGCAGGAUGAGACGUGAUGGGUGGCCUGCUAUGUGUAUUCAUGGUGAUAAGAGUCAACAGGAGCGUGACUGGGUCUUAAAUGAAUUUCGCAGUGGAAAAGCCCCAAUUCUAAUUGCCACAGAUGUUGCUUCUCGAGGUCUAGAUGUGGAAGAUAUCAAGUUCGUCAUUAACUAUGAUUACCCAAAUAGCUCAGAAGAUUAUGUGCACCGAAUUGGACGUACAGCUCGUAGUACAAAUAAGGGUACAGCUUACACCUUUUUCACCCCUGGAAACUUAAAGCAAGCUCGUGAGUUGGUCAAAGUUUUACAGGAAGCUAAUCAAACUAUAAAUCCUAAGCUUAUGCAACUGGUGGAUCAUGGUCGUGGAGGUGGAGGAGGUGGCCGCUCUAGGUACCGCACUAUCCCCACUGAUAACAACCCAAACAUGAUGUACCAAGAAGAAUGCGAGAGAAGAAUGCGUGGCAAAGAAAUGGGCAGACGUGAUAUGCGGAACAACAGAGAUGUUGGGCUUUCUAGUAAUGGGUCUGGAAGGGACCAAGGUCGACAGGGCUAUGGCUAUGGAGGGCAAAAUACAAACUUUCAACCUACCCAGUAUGGCUACGGGCAGGGCGCUUUUACGGCAGGGGCACCGGCAAGCUAUGGUGCAGCAGCAUACAGUCAAGCACCACAGCCGCUGAUGUCCCAGCAGUUCGCCCCGCCCGCCGCCUCUUUACUGAACUACAUGAAUCAAGCAACUAGUUAUCAGUACCCACCUCCUCCCCCACCUCCACCUCCCCCCUCUCGAAAGUGAGCCUGUAGUUGGCUUUUUUCUUUUUUUUUUUUUUUUUAUCUGGUUUCAGUUUUGAAUGUUUGUCAAUUUUCCCUUUUUUAUCUUGAGUAAGAAACUGAAGUUGAGGGAGCAGUUUGUCAGUACCUCAUGUUCAGUGUGAUCCAGGGUUUCAGGACCAGUUUUUUUUUUUUUUUUUUUUAUUAUAGCUUGCUUUGUUGGCAAUUGUGGUCAUCUGCACUAGAAAUCUUUUGAAUUAUAGUGAAUGGUCAGGUCUUUAUACACCUGGCCUUAUCCCUUCCCACUCAGUCCUGCCAAAUUUGUAAUGCAUUCAAGGACUGUUGUAUCAAUAUUUUAGAAGAUUUUUAUUUAAUUUUUAACUUUUACAGGUAGGUAAAGGCUUCAUUACAAUGAAACCCUUUGACACUUGGUAUUGUCGGUAUUCAUGGUUCAUUAAGUACAUCCCUAUUUCAACAGAAGAAUUGCAGAAACCUUGGCAACAUUUUUAAGGAAGUAGACCCUGCCAUGCAGUGGUGUCCUGACCAAUAUCUCAGGUGGAGAAGGGGGUGUGGGACUUAAAUAUUCAUUUUUUUCUUUUUUUUUCUUUCUUUCAUCGUUUACCCCUAAAUACACAGGUAGGUCCACCCAUUUUUGUGUGUUAGUUUGCUUGGC